AUGCUCGACGCAUUCGGCAAGGGCGCCAGCGAGGACAUCCUCAGCGCCAAGAACGCCCUCUACCAGCACCUCACGUGGGACCCCUCCAAGAACGUGUCGCUCUGCCCCAAGCUCGCGCCCCCGCUGGCGACGCCCGUCGUCAUGUCCCCGCCGCCGUCGCCGCGGCCCGGCCACGAGAGCGGCUGCGUCUCGCCGCAGCCGUUCAGCUCCAGCAGCGCCGCCGCGGCCGCGGCGGCCGCCGCGCGGCGCUUCAGCUUCUCCGGCGCCGGCCCCGCCGCGGCGCGCGCCAGCACCGGCGCGGGGGCGCUGUCUGACAGCGGCGCCGGCAGGAGCGACGCGGGCGCCACGACUCUGCUGCCCGCGGCGGCGUCCGCGCCGCAGCAGGGCGGGAGCUACCCCGCUUCCAACGGCAGCAGCAGCCCCGGCCCCGAGCCGCGGCUGGCCGGCGCCCUCAACCUGGCGCGCGGCGACAAGGACCGCAUCAUCGACGCCGCCACCGCCAGCGGCGCCACCCUCCACCAGAUGGCCACCGUCGCGGCCGCCAUGCUGGCCGGCGGCGGCGGCCCCGACGCGGGCGCAGAGGCGCGGCGCGCGGCGGACGCGCGCGCGGCGGCGGUGGCGGCCAUUAGGCUCAUGCCGGAGCGGCCGCUGGAGCUCCUGCACAGGAUGGUGGAGCUGAUGCGGAUACUGGUUGAUCUGCUGAGGGAGAAGUGCCUGGAGGAGAGGGGCGAGGCCGCCGCGGCCGCGGCCGCCGCCGCCUCCGCCGCCCCCAACAGCACCGCCGCGGCGCUCGCCACCGCGGCGGCCCCCGCGGGCGCCGCUGGCGGCAGCGGCAACGGCGGGAACGGCGGCGGCAGCGCCAGCCAGGCGCCGGAGGAGUGGACCCUGGACCCCGCGCGGCCGUGCGGGGGCGAGCGGCCGCUGCUGAUGUUUGACCGGUGGCGGAAGCUUCUCAGGUCCUUCUACUCCGAAAAGAAGGGCACGUUCGACAUCUCAAAGGUUCCGGACAUCUACGACAGCGCCAAGUACGACGCCAUCCACAACGGGCACCUGGCGCUGGCCCCCCUGCAGGAGCUGUACGCCAAGGCGCGUCAGCUGGCGGCCUGCGUGGUGCCGCACGAGUACGGCCUGGAAGCCGAGCAGAAGCUGCGCAUCGGGUCCAAGAUCGCGGCGGAGCUGCUCACCAAGCUGCUCAUGGACCUGGCCUCCAUGCAGGACGAGUCCAUGGCGACGGCGGCCAUGGAGCGCGACAUGGCGGCCGCGCGCGGCGGCGCCGGCAGCGCCGGCAGCGGCGGCGGCGGGCGCGGCGGCCGGCGCUCAGUGACUGUGGGCUAG